CCUUGUUCACCCCAGUUCUCUCUCUUCUCCUCAGAUGUCUCUCCAGUUUCCUCCAGCUCUGGGACACUCAUCCAGUACACCCCUGACUCUGCCACUAGCCCCACCGCAGAGCGCCCAUCUCCCCAUCCCUCUUUUCAGAAGGUCAAGGAGGAAGGUGAGGGUGUGGUGAAGAAGGCCAAGAGCCGCACAGCCUUCUCCCAGGAACAGCUGCAAAUCCUGCAUCAGCGGUUCCAGAGCCAGAAGUACCUCAGCCCCCAGCAGAUCCGGGAGUUGGCUGCUGCCCUGGGGCUCACCUACAAGCAGGUGAAAACAUGGUUUCAGAAUCAACGGAUGAAAUUUAAACGUUGCCAGAAGGAGAGUCAGUGGGUGGAGAAAGGGAUGUAUCUACCUCAGAAUGGGUUUCAUCAGGCUUCGUACCUGGAGAUAACCCCGACGUUUCACCAGGGCUUCCCUGUUGGUGCCAGCAGGAACCUUCCAUCUGUGACCAGUGUGCACCAGGCUUACAGCAGUGGACAGACUUAUGGGAAUGGGCAGAGCCUGUACUCGUUCAUGGCUGUGGAGGAUGAGGGGCUCUUUGGAAAAGGUGGAACAAGCUGCAAUACCCAGCAAGCCAUGGGUUUGUUAAACCAGCAGGUGAACUUCUAUCACAGCUACCCUGCUGAUAUGGAUUAUGUCAGCGUGGAGUCAGAAGAUACCUACGGCUUCCAGAGCACCUCUGACAGUGUCAUGCUGUUCUCAAGCUCUCCUGUAAGGCAUCAGUACCAGGCCCCUUGGCAUCCCCUGGGGACCCAGAGUGGUUAUGAGUCUUAG